CGAUCGCGGCGGCGGCGGCUGGACGGACUCGGAGCUGGGAGCCCCGAGCGAGCAGCAGCGGCCCCGGCGCCCGCUCGGCGCGCUCACCUCGAAGAUGCAUUUCAUUUUCUCCAAUGAGGUGGUGCUUCUGUUUGAUUUCUGGAGUGUCCACAGUCCUGCAGGCAUGGCCCUUUCCGUGCUGGUGGUCCUGUUCCUGGCCGUGCUGUAUGAGAGCAUCAAGGUCGGCAAAGCCAAGCUGCUGCACCAGGCUGUAGCGACCAUGUCCGUCCUCUCCAGCCAGCGGCUCGUUGAGGAGACAGACCAGGAUUCUUCAGCCUCAGACUCCGCCCCGGCCGGCAGAACCCGCCUCAGGUGGUUUUUAUGUCACUUUGGCCAGUCUCUAAUCCAUGUCGUCCAGGUGGUCAUAGGCUACUUCAUGAUGCUGGCUGUCAUGUCCUACAACACCUGGGUUUUCUUCGGCGUGAUCCUUGGCUCUGCUGUAGGAUACUACCUAGCCUACCCACUUCUCAGCAUGGCUUAGAUGGUGACGGCUGUGUGGGCCCUGAGGGCUAGAGAGAGCUGGGGCCCCCUCUUCCAGACAUUGAACUUCUGGUCCCAUGUCUCUGUUCCUUCUGAUGGCUGUUCCUCGCCUCACUCCCAGCUCUUGGAGGCUUUCAGCUGAAGCCAGCACUUGCUGCCUGGAGUCAGGAAGCCACCGCAGCUAUCUCUGUCCUCAGCCAGCAUGCUCAGGGCCCAUGCAGUCGUUUUGUGCCUUAGUAAGGCUUCUGUGACCCGAGGGAGAGUGGAGAGACCAGAACCUGGGGACAGGGUUGUUGAGCCCAUGAUGACUUAUCUCUGUGACUCAAAAAUUAAGAAUUUCCAAAGAUCUUCGAGACAGGGAGAUGGGCUCUGGGUGAUGAAGGGCACGGAAGCUGGAGUCCUUCUGCCCUCACGAUCUGUGCCUUCUGUAGAGGGGCGUCUGCCACUGGACGUCCUGACCUCUUCUGUCUCCGAGGCACGGUGACCACGCUGCCUCCUUUUUCUCACCUUUCUGCCUUUGGGACACAUAAAGAUUGUCCCCUUCUGUGGAUCACGGUAACAAACUAAGAUUCUUCAUUUUUCCCAUUGAACCCCUGGUUGGCAAUUUUGCACAUUAAUACAGGACAAAACUUCUAAUGAAAUGACUUCAUGUUAUUCAUGCUGGAUCAACUUCUGCUGGGAACCGUUUCUCUUUCUUGUGGGGAGAGUGAGUGACCGCAGAUUAAAGGCAGAGGAACGGGACGUAUCAAGGCUCCUCACGUACCCUCUGGAUAGGGAGCUCCUCCCGUCAGAGCACUGCCUGCGGGAGGAAAACAGUCUAAGGGCUUGAGGUGUCUGGGGCGGCUUUCCAUGGCUCCACUGCCCCCUUUUAUCCUGACCCUUCUUUUAUGCAGAACAGAGAACCGCACUGAAUAUUCAAUACUUAAUGUUUUCUAUUUAUUACUUCCUGCUCGGCCAUAAUCACCUGGUGGGGAAACAUGAUUUCUUUCACUUGAAAUGCUGGGGAAGCCGCGGGGGGCGCUGACCGCAGACGCAAUAAGCAGUCAAACCAAAGCAUUACAUUUAUAGACUUAAGUGGGGCUCUCCAGAUAUUUCACUUUACAGAAAAGGAAACCAGAGAUCCAGGGAGGGAAAAUCACUGCUGUAUACUGUAAUGUCUAUGCUCAAGUACCUCACGGGCCAGAUGAACGACGGUCUUAUGCUUUGGGGAUUAAAAAAGAAAUAUACGUGUUAAUAAAUACAUAUAUUUUAAACAA